AGUCACCGUGGGUUUAUUGUUUUGGUUUUAUUGGUUUCACCGAUUUCGCCGGUCUCACGUUCUUUUUCUAGGCUCUUGCCUAUGAUCUAGGUUCUUGCUCGUUCUUGUUCUAGUCCUCCUUGUGAGUUGUGAUAAGCAGGCCAGCAGCUCAUAUAUCUAAUGACUGAGUUCAAAAAGUCAUGGAUGACACAGCCAGCACAAAUACUUCAGUUGAAGACAGAGACUUUGGUGACAAUCCAACAAGUGAUGCACUCUCAGAAGGAUUUCUGAACUCUGUAAAACCUGUCAUCGAUCGCAUUGAUCUUGGAGUCAAGGAAACACAAGAGAGCCAGGAGACGCUGAGUGCCCUGCUCGAGGCGAUCGCCGAGGACUUUGCCCGGUUGUCGGCCGUAGCACCGUCGCCGGUUGACAUUGAGGAGCACGUGAAGCGGCUGCACAGCGUGAAGAGACGCGUGGCCGUCACCAACAAUACGCUGCAGACCGUGCAGGAGCGCUUGACCAGGAUCAGGAGUCACCUGGCCCGACAGCGUGCGGCGCACCCGCCGGCGGCCGCCGCCGCCCCCGCUGCUGACCCCGCGGCCGCCCCUCAGUAGCGCGCCAUGCAGACGCCCGACAUCUCCCACCUGACGGCGGCCGACUACGACCGCGUCUACGAGCCGGCCGAGGACUCGUUCCUGCUGCUGGACGCCCUCGAGGCGGACCUGGAGCGGCUGCGCGCGCGCCGGCCGCGCCUGGCGCUUGAGGUCGGCAGCGGCUCCGGUGUGGUGAUAACGGCGCUGGCGGCCGCGCUGCCCGAGUGUCUCUGUCUGGCUACUGACCUGAGCGAGGCCGCGUGCCGCGCCACGUGGCGCACGGCGCACAGGAACGGCGUCACCGUGCUCCCCGUGCGCUGUGACCUGACGGCGGCGCUGCGGCCGCGCCUGGCCGGCCAGCUCGACGUGGUGCUGUUCAACCCGCCGUACGUGGUGACCAGCACGGAAGAGGUGUGCGCCAGCGGCGGCCUGGCGGCCAGCUGGGCCGGCGGAGAGCGCGGCAGGGAGGUGACCGACCGCCUGCUGCCGCAACUGCCCGACCUGCUCGCCCCGGACGGACUGUUCUACCUGGUGGCCAUCCGGGAGAACGACGUGGACGACUUGGGCGCGGUGAUGGCCGGACUCGGCUUCGACAUGUUUCGGGUGAUGAGCCGGCGGGCCGGACCGGAGCACCUGUCCGUGCUGAGGUUCGAGCGGCGCGCCGAGUCGGGAGGGACCGGGCCGCCGGAGGGUGGAGAUGUACCCCAGAGACCAUGAGGAUCGCCGCGGAUCGGCCGACCGGUGGAGAGGUGUACCAUAGGGACCGAGAUGGCGCUGGUGGUCGGUGGUGUGCAGGAAUAUCAUAACUGUGAUCUAUCCUGGGCGCUCUUUUGUAUACCAUGGGAGGGGCAUGAUCUGGAGCUUUGGGCCGUCAGAGCGGGAAGGCAACGAACCGUCGUAUGCCAAACGCAUGCCAAGGAAAUGGCGGGACUUUGCGACCCGAUUUGAUAAGAUGGUCAAUCAAAAUAGGGUUUACAGUUCCUCAGUGUAUACCCAGUUUGUUUAUACCCCUGCGUCGUGCGAUAAGAGCUAUCUGAGCAUUGUUGAGUUAGCUACUCCUUGUCGGUGUUCGUUUUUGUUUUGUCGAACGCCUAGCAUGCUCCUGAAUUUUGAUGUGCUUUUAACAAACGAGUUUAUCAGUGAAAAUAUAAUAAAAUCUGCC